GCGUGCUGUCCAAAGACCCAGCCUGACGCACGGAGACGGACAGACAGACAGACAGUCUGAUGCCAACUGUCUACACUGUCAAUCUCACGGCACCACUCCUCCUCCUGUUGCUAUGGGCAACCCAACCCACCAUGGCAACCAACUGGCUCUCCCUGGCGAGGUUGCCUCGCUCCAGGCCUGUGUCCGGUGCUGCCCCAUGUGCGCGGCUGAGGGGGCUGACCCCAGGGCAGGUGGGGGUGUGCAGGGCGCGAGGGGAGGUCAUGGAGUCCGUACGCAAGGCAGCCGAGAUGGUCAUAGAAGAGUGCCAGCACCAGUUCAGGAACCGCCGCUGGAACUGUUCCACCACCACACGUCGGAUCAAUGUAUUUGGCAGAGUCAUGAACCAAGGGACUCGUGAGGCGGCCUUUGUGCAUGCUUUGUCGUCAGCAGCUGUGGCAGUGGCUGUGACCCGAGCCUGCACCCGCGGGGAGCUGGAGAGGUGUGGCUGUGACAGGAAGGUCAGGGGGGUCAGUCCCGAGGGCUUCCAGUGGUCAGGGUGCAGUGACAACCUGUCCUAUGGUGUGGCUUUCUCCCAAACAUUUGUGGAUGAACCAGAACGAGCCAAGGGCCUGUCAGCGGGGCGACCACUCAUGAACCUCCAUAACAACGAGGCUGGCCGAAAGGCCAUCCUUCACAACAUGCAGCUGGAGUGCAAGUGUCAUGGCGUCUCCGGCUCCUGUGAGUUGAGGACCUGCUGGAAGGUUAUGCCUCCAUUCAGACGCGUCGGCGUUGUGCUCAAGGAACGCUUUGAUGGAGCCACGGAGGUUCGCCUGACUCGUAUCGGAUCCAGGACAGCUCUGCUUCCCCGUGACCCCCAAGUCAAACCCCCUGCUGCCAGAGACCUUGUGUACCUUGCGCCCUCCCCAGAUUUCUGCCAUCUCGACCCUGACAACGGAAUCCCUGGGACCGCUGGUAGGAGAUGUAACGGAACCUCUCGGCUGGCACCAGACGGCUGCGAGCUGGUGUGCUGCGGGCCAGGGUACAGAGCGGGCCGGGCUGAGGUGGUGCAGCGCUGCUCCUGCAAGUUCUCCUGGUGCUGCUCAGUCCGCUGCGAGCAGUGCAAGAACACAGUCACCAUUCACACCUGUAGAGUCUAA